CGCGGGACUAUUCAGAUAAUCUUUCCUACCCACACCAAAACAGAAACGAAACGUAAACAGUCUUUGCAAUGGCGGCAGGGUUCUCGGACACAAACAUCGCCGAGCUCGAGACGCUGCGCGGGCAGCUGCAGCAGCUCCAAGAGCAGGUGAACCGCAACCACGCGCAGCUUCUGCAGCAGAUGGUGGUGGCGCCACAAAAGCAACUGCAGAGCGACCACGAGCUGCAGAUUCUGUCUGUGCUGCUGCGCACGAAGCUGGCGCCGGAGAUCGAGCGCGCGGAGGAGCAGAUCAAGGAGCAGAUGGAGGAGGAAGCGAGGACGGACCAGCAGCAGAUGGCGUUUGGCGGGCAGCCGGAUGGCGCCGGGAAUGCAAAGUACUGGCAGGCAAAGACCGAGGUGCAUGAUGCACUGGCGCUGACGGCAGAGGUUGCGUUCAAGGAGCUGCGCAAGCGGCACAGCAACACAGCCGGCAGCACAGGGCACGGGAUGGAUGUCGAUGAGGCGGUGAAGGAGGAGAAGGCGGCAGUUGCGCUGGAGGACGUGCUGGCGUUUGUGUCGUCGGGCACACGGGCGUAGGAGGGCUUCAUCCAGCUUUUUUGCACGCGACGGAGUUGCUGGGUAGCAUUCGUAUUUUUGGCGGUGAAAAUCGGCUUCCCAGGACAAUCUGGUCUAUAAUUAGAGCCGCAAAGGAGUCUUGCUAAGGUCUGGGCCCUCCACAGCGCUUGGCCGGGCUGCCUCUAGCAGGGUCGAUGUGCCUGUGGCCAGACGCAAUCAAGUUAUUCCAAGCAGUGUGGAACUCUGGAAGGCCAGAUUUGUUUUCAGCAAAGUACCACCCGAGAAAACAUGAAGGUCCCUCUUUCCUCUUUUCGCCUCAGCCGAUUAAGAGCUUUUUUCUUACUUUCUUUCUUCGCCUAGCUCCAGCAGCCUUUCCUACUACAAACGCUACUCCCUUUCUACACCACCUUAAUAUACAAC